AUGGCGCUGGAACUCGUCCUCGGUGCGUUCAACGAGCGUGCGCUCAAGUGCGUGAUCGCGCUCAAGGAGACGGCGACGGCGUUCGAGCUCCGGAAGGCGCCGACGCCGUCCACGACGCCCAAGCUCGUGACGCCCGAAGGCCGCACGAUCAACACGGCCAACAGCAUCUGCCGGUACAUCUCGGCGUCGUCGGGCCGCCUCGCCUUUGACGACCUCGCGGUCGACGACUACGUCGAGUGGGAAGAGCGUGUGCUCCGCGUUUCGGCGGCGGGCAGCGACAAGGCGGCGCUCGCGGCCUUGAUUGAGGCCAAGAUCCGCUCCGCGACGUUCCUCGUCGGGUCGGCCAUCACGCUUGCCGACAUUGUCGUCGCGCCCGUCUUGCGCAAGGCGCUCGAGGCGCUGCCGGCGGCCACGUACCCGCUCGCGACCGCGCGCGCGUACGUUGCGGCCUUUUCGGCCUUGCCUCGGCGCACGGUGCCGUUGACGCCGGCCAUGGCGUCGGGCACGACGUUCGACCACCUCCUCGGCAUUGUCGAGAGCCUCUUUGAAGACGCGAUCCGCGCCGCGUACCCGGGCGUGCUCUCGGAACAUGCGAUUGCGCUCGACGUGGCCCGCACCAAGACGGCCAAGUUUGGCGACUACCAGUGCAACAACGCGAUGAACAUCUUUACGGCGCUCAAGGGCACGCCGGGCGCCCCUGGUAGCCCGCGGGAUGUGGCCAACGCGAUCCUGGCGGCCAUGCCAGUCAACCCGGUGCUCGAGAAGCUCUCGGUCGCAGGGCCCGGCUUCAUCAACGCGUUCCUUCGUCCGAACUUUAUCGGCUCGCGCCUCUCGACGCUCCUCACGCAGGGCGUGCACGCGAGCCCGGGCAAGAAGCUCAAGAUCGUGGUCGACUUUUCGUCACCGAACAUCGCCAAGGACAUGCAUGUGGGCCACCUUCGGUCGACGAUCAUCGGCGAUGCCAUGUGCCGUAUCCUCGAGUUCCAAGGCCACGAGGUGCUCCGCAUCAACCACGUCGGCGACUGGGGCACCCAGUUUGGCAUGCUCAUCUGCCACCUCAUGGACGUCUUCCCGACGUGGCAAGAAGAAAUGCCCGACAUCACGGACCUCACGCAGCUCUACAAGAACGCCAAGCAGCGUUUCGAUGAAGACGAGGCCUUCCACAAGCGCUCCAAGGAUCAGGUCGUGCUUCUCCAGUCGGGCGACGAGCAGUCGCGCAAGGUCUGGAUCACGCUCUGCGACAUCUCGCGCCGCGAGUUCCAGAAGGUCUACGACCGCCUCGACGUGAGUUUGAACGAGAUGGGCGAGUCGUUUUACAACCCGAUCAUCCCGAACGUCAUCAAGAUGCUCGAAGACAAGAAGAUUACGGAGGACAGCAACGGCGCCAAGGUCAUCUUUACGACCAAGUACAAGCAGCCGUUCAUGCUCGUCAAGACGGACGGCUCGUACCUCUACGACACGACCGAUAUCGCCGCGCUCUGGUACCGCCUCCACGAGCAAAAGGCCGACUGGAUCAUCAUCUACACGGACUACACGCAGCAGGAUCACUUUGGCUUGCUCUUUGAGGUCGGCGCCAUGUCGGGCAUUCUGGACCCGACCAAGCACCGUGUCAACCAUGUCGGCUUUGGCACCGUCAACGACGAGACGGGCAAGCGCUUCAAGACGCGGUCGGGCGAGACCGUUCGCCUCGUCAACCUCCUCGACGAGAGUAAGACGCGCAUGAAGGAGCAGCUCCUCGCGCGUAUCGCGGCCGGCCAGACGUCGCUGCCCGCGUCCGAGGUCGACGCGGCUGCCGAGCGCAUUGGCUACGGCGCGGUCAAGUACUUUGAUCUGAGCCAGAGCCCGACGACGUCGUAUGAGUUUAGCUACGACAAGAUGCUCUCGACGACCGGCAACACGGCGGUCUACCUCCUCUUUGCGUACGCGCGCCUCUCGUCGAUCGUGCGCAAGAGUGGCGUCGACGUCGCGGCCUUGAGCCCGAGCAUCCUCGCGCUCACCGACGCCCACGAGAGUGCGCUCGCGAUCGAAUUGCUCCAGUUCCAGGACGUGGUCACGCAGAUCAACAAGGACCUGGGCUCGAACCGCCUCUGCACGUACCUCUACAACGUGGCCGAGAAGGUCCAGCUCUUUGUCACCAAGUGCCGCGUGCUUGGCGUGCCGGAGCAGAACUCGCGCCUCCUCCUCUGCCAAGCGACGCUCAAGGUCAUGCAAACGUGCUUUCAGAUGCUCGGCAUUGAGCCCCUCGACCAGAUUUAA